AGGAAAUUUCCAAACCAGAAUUUCCUGCUGAAAAUUCUGAACCAAUCAGCUGUGUGUGAUCGCUAAAUUACCCUACAAACUCUGCACUCUAGUGGCAGGGGCUUUCUCACGUGUCCGUGUGAAGCCUAGCUUGACACGGAUCCAUAUUCCAGCUGGACGCGCCGUUUUCUAAGAACAUUGUAAAACACGAAGAAAUCGCUAUCUCUAAAACAGAAGCCUGGUCGUGCUUCUAGCAAAACGAGGGGCAGCUCUGGCACCGACUUUGCAGGUGUCACGGUCCAGCAAGCGCCAAAGAAGAGUUACUGGCAGCCAUUUGGAGGUUUGAUAGCUGCACUGGAUCACUGACUGAGGUCCCCCUCAAAAUUAUAACACUGAAAACAAUGGCAACAGAAUGUAUAAAAACUUGCUGUAAACUGUGUUUCUGCAUGGACAAGGAAAAAGAUGAUCCAGUUUCCAUGGUGCAGGAAUCUGAAGCAGUAGCUGCAAGCAAGCCAACUAUUGUAGAGCAGCCUCCAUUGUCUUCUGUGUCAGUGAAGCGUCAAGUUGGCUGUUCUGAGGAUUAUUUGCUUUCUAAACUGCCCCUGGAUGGUCAGGAGGUACCAUUUGUGGUCCCUCCAUUCAAACUGGCUUAUGUACAGCCAAAGAACCUUCCCAGCAUCUCACACGCUGGAGGGACUAAAGAGUCAGCCAGAGCCUCGUUUGGUGGCCGGAAGGCAGAACUGCACAGCGUGUACCAGUGGCCCCACUACGACGUGUACAACCCCUUCUAUCUGGAGCAUCGGGUUUCACCAGAUCUCAUCAGGCGCUUCCAAGCAAAAUCAGAUAGUAGGAAAUUAUAUGGAUCAGUUAGUGAUUUAAGACCCAGUGCUUUGCCUGGAUCCCUUGAUGUAAGUCGUUCGAUGUUUGAUCUCAGGAGCCCACCUCACCGAUUCAUGAAGAGAUAUGAUUCAGUCUCCAGUGUACCUAGCAGCACCUCCUCCAGGAAGGAUUCGCAAGGCAGUAACAGGAGUCUGGAUACUAUUACAUUAUCAGGUGAUGAACGAGACUUUGGAAGACUGAAUGUGAAGUUGUGUUAUCUUUCUUCAGUAGAACAGAUUUGGAUCACAAUUUUACAUUGCAAAGACCUGAGCUGGCCUUCUAGCUGUGGGGAAAAUCCUCGUAUCUGUGUCAAGGGAAUUAUCACACUGCCCAAGCCAGUGCAUUUCAAAUCUUCUGCCAAGGAGGGCUGCAGUGACAUUGAAUUUAUGGAAACUUUUGUUUUUGCUAUUAAACUGCAAAGCCUGCAGGCUGUCAGAUUGGUAUUUAAAAUCCAGACACAGACUCCCAGGAAAAAAACUAUUGGAGAAUGUUCCUUGGCACUGCGGGAGCUGAGCUCACAGGAGUCGAAUCAUUGGCUGGAUAUAUCUCCUCCUUCCAAAGCACCUGUGUGCCGUGCAGAACUUCAAAUAGGAACUUGUUUUCAAGCAAUAAACAGGAGGAUACAGUUACAGAUUCUUGAAGCACAAAACCUUCCUGUUUCAUCUAUGCCAUUGUCUUCAAAUUUCUUUGUGAAAGUUGGAAUGUUUAGUACAGAAGGGAUCAUCUAUAAAAAGAAGACGCGCCUUCUGAAGUCCACUAAUGGCCAAGUGAAGUGGGGAGAAAUGAUGUUUUUUCCAGUCAGCCAAGCAGAACAAGGAAUUAGCUUUCUCAUCAAGCUCUACAGCAAAAGCUCAGUGAGAAGAAAGCACUUCCUAGGACAGAUCUGGUUAAGUUCUGAUAGCAGCAACAGUGAAGCAGUAGAGCAGUGGAAUGAUACCAUUGCAAACCCGGAAAAAGUUGUUGUUAAAUGGUACAGCAUCGGUCCAUCUUGAAGACUGGAGAUGAAAUUCAGAA